AGCUAGGUGGUCGAGAGCCGACCAAUGCACUCACAGAGUCUGAGGGCAAAUGUUUCCCACGUUGACCCUCGAGCGAUGCGGGACGCUACGCCGACAUCGGGUUAUGAAAUUCUGGUUCGCGAGAUAGAAGAGCUUUCUGGCAGUCUAUUCGCAAAGGAUAGUGAAUGUGGUCAAACAUGCGGUCAUUGUGAGAGGAUCGUGGAGAUAGUCGAAAAGAUGAGAAGUGCCAAGGAUAAGCAGAAUGCUACCUUUGUAGAUCUACUAGACAGGCUUGAUGACACUGGUGUACGCAUAUGGAACGAGUCCCUUAAGAUAAAGAUCUCCGCAAAAAGGAUGAGCGCAAAGAUCCUUACCCAAAUUGCACAUAGUAUGGUACCUUGUGCAAUGACGUCCACCGGUCGAAUCUCCUUCAUUGAUGUUCUCGUCAAGUGCGAUCGGCAGCCUUCGCCCUCUUAACGUUAGCGGCUCCAGAUGAAAUGAACAGCAGAGCCCUUACAAAACUGGCAAAUCU